AAUUUAAACGAAUUUCUAAUAAGCGAGGACGUAUGCGAGCAACAGCGACAAGAGAUAAGCUAAAGCGAUAACUCGAUAAGCGAAGGGUUUUUGCAACAACGCGUUCCAAAAAUAGCGAUACCAAUGCUCUAGAUUUAACUAAACGAAGAUCCGGUGGCUCGAAGGACCAAAUGUUAUUGCGUAAGAGAAAGGCUAUUUAAUUGAAUCCAAAACAACACAAAAAAAAACUUACCGAGUGGUCCGUCAAAGUGCAGAUCGAUGUAAGAAGGAAGAAGUAAAGAAAGAGGAAGAAUAGGAAGAAAGAGAACCUUGACGAUGGACAUACAGCCUUGGUUUUUGGUUACAUUUUUGGUGCUUAUUUUACCGAAUAUCUAUGUUACCACGAUAAAGAACAAGUUGCAUGUGUUUACCAAGGAAUGGGAUAAAGAAUGGAUUGUGAAAAAUACUACGACUUUACCUUUAGGAUCGGUUACUGAUGAAAGAUUGGAAGAUUUUCCAAUUCUCGAAGAAACUCCAUUAAAAUAUACUUCAGCGUUUCACUCUUCCUUUUCCUUCUCGGUGUUUUCCAACACUAAGUGGAAAAUGCGCUUACUUAUGAGUGAUGACCUAUCUCCAAUGGAUUAUUUAGGACAAGGGGAUGUAAACAAUUGGACUCAAUAUAGUGUUGUGACAAUUAAAAAUACGACGUACAUUUACAGAAAAAAAAGCACUGAAUAUUGGGAAAGAGAUUUUAAACCAACAUCUAUCACUCUUUUCAGCACAAAAAAAAUUUUUUUGAGACCACAAUUUUGUUGGUGUUAUAAAACGAGAUUUUGUAAUAUGGUAUUAAAAACUAUAUUUGCAGACGAUUUUUUAUGGUCAAAUUCUACAAGCAAAGAACUGACUACUAUAGAAAUCCACCCAAAUAGAAAUACAAGUUUACUUUUGUAUACGUCAUUGUGUGCAGAGUGUAUUUUAGAUGUUAGUGUUAACAACGGAGACAGUUUUAGAAUUUUCCAAACUCACCCAGAGAAGCAUAACGUACAGUUUUGGCAAACCAAAAAAAUUGAUUUAGGAGAUGACUAUCAAAAGAAAAACAUAAUUUUAACAUUUAAUAAAACAAUAUUUCAUCCCGAUGUUCUUGGAUUCUGGGCAAUAGAUUUCAAAUUGUGUAACAUCAUUAAAGAAAAAUCAAUUGUUAAAGGCAUGUCAAAAAAAACUAAAUGUUUUGAUUUAGAACAUUUUAAAGUAAACAGCCUUCACAAAUUAAAGAACAGUGAAACUAGAACCGAAUCACCUCAUUUUUCAUCUGAUAUACGAGUAACAACAGAAACUGAAAGUUUUACCGUGACCAGUUUUGCAAACAAAAAAGAAAACAAAAAUUAUGUUAAUGAUACCGAAGCUAUGAAAAAUAUAACAUUUCGUGAAGUUAAAAAUAAUGAAGAAAAUAGUUCAGUGUUUCUGACAGUAAUAAAUGUUAUGACAUUAUCAGGAACACAAAGUUCUACCGUGACCAGUUUAAUAGACACAAAGACAAACAACGACAAUUAUGUUAAUGUUACCAAAGUUACGAAAACUAGAACAUUUCGUGAAGAUAACAAUAAUGAAGAAAAUAGUUCAGUGUUUCUGACAGUAAUCGUAAUUAUAGCUCCGCAAUUGUUCCUUUGUAUUUUUGUUAUAGUGCUUUUUAAAAAACAACUGAGGAAAAUGUGUUAUAAAAUUAACCCGGACAGGGAUCCAGAAAAUAUGCCACUACAAAGUGUUGAAAUUGAGAGCAAAAAUAAUAUGUAUAUUAAAAAAGCUAACUUUCUAGAAAUUUUGUACCGCAAAUUAGAAAACCACGAAUUCAACGAGGAAUUUAGCACAUUACCAGCUUUUGCAGACAAGACCUUGGCAGCUUUAAGAAAUAAAAAUAAAAACAGAAAUUCUAUACGAAUUAAUCUUCCAUAUGACCACAACCGUGUUAUUCUUAAAGAACUGGACGGAGUGGGAACAGGCGAUUACAUAAAUGCCAGCUAUAUUGACGGUUUUAAUCGCUCCAGGGCCUACAUAGCUAGUCAAGGACCAAAAUUUUCUACAUUAAAAGAUUUUUGGAGAAUGAUUUGGCAAGAAAAUAUAGAAUUAAUAAUAAUGGCUACUAAUUUUAUGACUGACAACGCAAAAAAUGUUAGAAUUAGACUGUGUGCCGAAUAUUUACCUUCGGGGCUAGAUGCAGUUUUUGAAUGUGGUCGCAUCACAGUAACACUAGUAGAUGAACUAAAUUGUGGAAAUUAUGUCAAAAGAAAAUUAACAGUUCGUUAUUCUGAAUACCAGCGAGAAAUUUGGCACAUUCACAUAAACUGGCGCUCUGAAUGUCAGCUUCUUUAUCCCAAUGAUUUGAUAUCAGUUAUCAAAGAAAUCAAAAAAUUGUACGAAAAGACUUUGCAUCCGAUCUUAAUACAUUCAGGUUUUGGCACUACUAGGACAGGACUUUUUAUUUUAUGCGAUAUGGCGCUAAAAAUGCUCGAACAGUGUAACGCUGUUAAUGUAUAUGACUUAGCUGAAAAGUUACGCAAACAACGGUACAACGUUAUAAAUUCAAUGCAACAAUACAUUUUAGCUCAUCUAGUAGUGGCCGAAUAUAUAAUGGAGGAAGAAUAUAGGAGUAAGUCACUUCAUACUAAUCACUACGAGAAUAUUGGAGAAAAUUUGAAAAACCAGUUGAUAUAUCUUAAAAAAUUAUGUGAGCAUGACAAAAUUGUUCAUCGUUGGAUGCCCCAAGCUACGAAAUACACUUUUCCUACAGUUUUUGUUGACAGCUAUGAAAAAUAUGAAAAAUAUAUACUUACACCACAACCAAUAACAAAUGACGAAAAUAAGUUUGCUGAGUUUUGGAUACUACUGGCUGAAAAAUCAAUAGAUUGUAUCGUAUUUCUUAACAAGAUGAAAAAAAGUUUGCAGUUAUAUCCUUGCAGAAUUGAAUAUGAGAAUGUUAUCGUUAAAGUUGAAUGUAUAAAAAUAACUAAACCUUGUACUUACACCUUAAGAACAAUGUCUUUGUUAAUUUAUGAUAAAGCUUCCAAAAAGAUAGAACACCAAAAAGAAGUUGUUUUUUACGAACUUAAAGAACGUGCAAUUUUUGCUUGUAAAAUUUUGCUGACAUUACUUUGUGAAGUUAAGAAGUUUAAAAAAAUAGCUCUUUCGUGCAAUGAUGAAUUUAAAAUGUGUGGGCUAUUUCUAGUGUUAGCUUACAUAAUAGAAAAAUACGAAACUGAACUCAAACUCGACGUAAUCAAUGCAGUACGUGUUGCAAGAAGAAGUGGUACUGAAUUUCUUGACACUACGAAGCAAUUACAGCGUGUUUAUUUGUGUAUUCGUGAAUAUUUAAAAAAUUUCCAGCGCUAUAACUUUAUUGAUGACAAUUGUUCAUCGACCCAAGCAAGCACUUUCGUGUAGUCAGUAACGACCAGGGUCUUAAUUGGAUCACUUUGCCAGCGAAAACCAAACUUAACAUUAAUCACUUUAAUUGCAAUUUUCGCAUUUGAUUAAACAUUGUUUGAUAUUUCUUCUUUUAGUUCAUAGUUUCACUUAGUUCAUAAGAAAAUUAUUUUUAUAAUAAACAUGUUACUUUUAUACCAA